UCGUCAAGAGAUCGAUACGGGCAGUGGUAGAAGAGGAGUGUGGGAAAAAUCGAGAAGUGUGUGAACACGAGGCUCUCUGAAAAUCGGAAAGGCUAUUGUCGGUCAGCAUCUAUUCCCGCGUAGGUCAAGCUUGGAUGGAUUGGGGAAAUACUUGCAGUGAAUGUCGCGCUUUCAGUUGGAAUCGAGUCGAGCGAGGUUGCGUUGGAAGUAACACGAGGAUACCUCGGACCAAAGCACGCCGGCUUCUGGAUGGCCAGGUUUCGAGCUCAACGUCGUCGAGGUCUCGGGGCGGGAACUGGGGAUAACGAAAGGUCGUGAAAUUUUGUCUGAGGAUCUGAGGAGGAUGGGGGUCUUUGAAGGCGGAGGGCGAUGAGCGGUUUGUUCGAGAUGAUGCUCAGGAAUGGAAAGUUCAGAUUCGUGCCGUGUCGAUUAUCUGCGGUAGGUGCAGCGUGCAGAGUGCAGUUGGGUUGCAGGAUAGGUAGGACAGAACGUCGUCGCCUUUUCCAUCCAAGAUUUCUUAUUAUUUCUUCGAUUGCCCUGCACUGGACUGGACGACAGAGUGCUCAGUGCUGGAGGGUGGACAACACCGCUAGACCUCACUGGGGCUGGGAUGGCGCUCUCGCUGGGCCGGACGUGGAUCGUCACUCAAAACGUGAAGGUGCCUGGGAGUGGGAGCUUGACCUCGCUAACAACGACCGUGCAAGGUGCAAGAAAAAUAAUCGAAGCCCAAACCCAAACUUGCAUGGGGGGGAGGGGAGAGGAUUAAGAAGGGUCAGGUCAAGGAUCACAACCCUGUCGGUAGGGAGCGGUGGUCGUGGCUGAGGGCGGAGUGGGAGUCAGGACGCCGGGUGUUUCUGCUGGGACGCUGGGAGUGAUGUAUGGAUGGAUGCGAA